AUGGCAAACAGUACCCUCAAAUUAUAUUAUUUUAAUCUACAAGCUCGCGCUGAGCUUAUUCGUUUGAUAUUUGCUGCUGCGGGUCGACCAUGGAAUGAUGUUCGUUUUGAAAAUAAGGAAUGGCCUCAAUACAAACCCAAAAUGAUACUUGGUCAAUGUCCCGUACUUGAACUACCCGAUGGAACUCAAAUACCACAAUCGUUAACUAUUUCUCGUUAUGUUGCACGCGAGAAUGGUUUGGCUGGUAAAGAUAAUCUUGAAUCAGCUAAGAUCGAUGCUGUUGCUGAUACUCAACGCGAUUUGAACGAUGUAUUUCACAGUAAGAUCUUGUUCGAGAAAGACCAGAAGAAAAAAACGGAAGAAAUCAAACGAUUUACCGAUGGCGAUUUGUUCAAAUAUGUCAACAGACUAAUGAUCUUGAAGAAAGCCUAUAGUAGAGAUACAAAAUAUUUUGUGGGUAGUAAUUUAUCGUGGGCUGAUUUAUACGUUUAUCUUUCAAUUGAACGAAUUAUUAAAAGUAUGCCAAAUAUGAAAAGUUCAUUGGAUGCUCAUUUUAAACCUACGCUUGAUAUGGUGAACAGCAAUUCCAACAUAAGAAAAUAUCUCAAUGAACGACCAGUAACACCUUUUUAA